UUAUAUUAUUAUUUUGAAGAAAGUUGGUAACCGAACAGCACUGGACCCCAUUCACUUUUAUUGUAUGGACACAAAACCAUUGUAAGUGAAUGUGGUCCAAAUAAUAACAUUUUUCAAAAUAUCUUCUUUUGUGCUCUGUGGAACAAAGAAAGUCAUAAAGGUUUGAAAUGGGUGAAAGGGUGAGUAAUUAAAUGACAUAAUUUCUAUUUUGGGGUGAAUAAUCGCUUUAAUAUUUCAUGUACACUCUCAGAAAAAAUGUGCCAAAUUUGUACCUUUAUGGCUUGUCACACAUAUUGUACCUUUCCACAUGGAUACCCAGACAGCAAGCAACCAUUGAAUCAAUGUUAAAAAUAGUUGAUUUGUCAAUGUUAAUUGCAUUGAAUCAAUAUCACUUCAAUAUCACUUUUGCACCUGCAAUUAAUGUUGAAAAAAUGUUGAAAUUUCAACAAAUCACCAUUAUUGUGAUCAGUGUUUGCUGGCUCUUGACUCUUUGAGUUUAAUGUUAAGUUUUCUUUACUGUCUAAUCACAUAUGUUGUGGCUAAGAUCCAGUGGGAUCAGAAAAUGAUCAUUAUGUUCUGUAAAUUACUUUGGAGUGUCUUACGUUUUUAAUAUGUGAAUGCGGAGUUAGUAGUGAUAAAACAACAUGUAAAAUUGUGAGCACAGUUGUACUGUAUAAACGAAUAAAAAAUAAAGAGAAUACAGUAAUAGUCCAUACAUUUAGUUAUUAAAAAAUAAAAACACCAAGUUUAUUAAACGCUAUUUGACAGUGGACUGUGCUGUAGAGCGGAUCUGCGUCCUUAGCAACCUGCGGUAUCCAGGUAACGCAGCUAACGCAAACAUUCAGCUGAACAUCUUUAGCAACCGGAGGAGCCGAUACAUCUUUAACAACUGAUUUAGUUUAUUUAUGUACAUAUACAAUAACUCGUAAUAAGGAUGUCAUCCGAAGUUUUGGUGUCCCGACCCUAUUUUGACACCAGGGCCGUGGCGCAGAAUGGCUCGCAGCCGCCGGUUCCAGCACCGGACACCGCCGUCAAGGAAAGCCUAUACGCCGGUACAUCCGCCGGUUUGGCAACAGCAGGCUACCGAAGCGCUAAAUACUCCCCCGAGGAGUGGUUCGCAAAUAACUCCGCACUGUUACACCGGGCAGUUGCGGACCGGAACCACGCGGAGAGGAUCCGUCAAGAGUCCAAAGCGCUGAAGGCGGAAACCGACAGCGGGACUUUACGCACUCAGACCGAUGGCACCAAACACCUGGGCGAGCGGCUGCAGGACACCCACCGCUGGAGGUCCGAACUCGAGCGCUUCAUCGAGCGGCUGACUGCAGAAACGGAGCUGCUGACGAGCUCCAGGCGGCGGCUGGAAAAAGCACUGGACGCCACGGAGAUUCCAUUCGCCAUCGCGUCCGAUAACCUCACCUGCCGAGAGAGACGCUUCGGACCAGAUCUGGUGAAGGACGAGGUGGAAGAGGAGCUGCUGAAGGAGGUGGAGCUGAUCAGAAGCAUUCAGGCCCUGCUGAAGAAAACUCUGGAGCAAACUGUCAAGCAGAUUAAGCUAAACCAGGAGGCAAAGCAGACCCUUGAGUUUGACUGGUCUGAUAAACACCAGGCUUACAGUCUAGAUGACCGGUGCGGCCGCUACAACAACAUGAGCACGGACACACAAAGACACCCGGGCUCAGCCGUGCUGCAGGACCAGGUUUGUGAUCAGGGGGCGUGGAGUAAGUUUACCCAUAAUAACCUGCUGCAGGCGGAGAGAGAGGAAGGGGCGAGCCAGGCCCUGCGGGAGAUGAUUGAGCAGGUGUUGCAGGACACGACCGAGGACCUGCGAGCGCAGUGUGCCGCUGUAGAUCAGGCGUUCACUCGGCGCUGCAUGGAGCUGAACCAGGCCAAAACACAACUGGAGCUACAGCUAGCACAGAUCUUGGAGCAGAUUGGGGCUCAGGAGAAGAACGUUUCGUUGCUGCAGGAAGCCGUGCGUGAUAAAGAAGCUCCGCUCAGAGUGGCUCAGUCCAGACUGCAUUACAGGACCUUCAGACCCAACAUGGAGCUCUGCAGAGACCAGCCUCAGCUCAGUCUGUUAGGGGAAGUGUCAGAGAUCAGUGGUACAGUGUCGGCCCUGCAGCAGCAGCUGUAUGAAGCACGCACAUCUUUAUCAGACCUGGAGGAGAUCAGACUCGCUCUGGGAAAAGACAUCGCCUGCAAAACCAACUCCCUCCUCAUCGACCGUGAGAAGUGUAUGACACACCGGACGCGUUACCCUAGUGUCACAGUGCUGUCUGGGUACUGACACACUUUCACAAUUUGAUAAGAGUUCUGACAAGUUUUGCGCAGUCACCUCCUUCUGUAGUCCGCAACGUUUGUGUGUUUUAUCUCUGUGUGGUUUCUGUAUUUUUUGACAUUGUGUUUUCAUGUGAAUAAAGGAAGAAGGAUUAUAAAUUA